AAACACAAAUUGGGUGCGGGAUGAUGGCCUGCGGUGGAGUGCGACUCUGCUGUCUGCUGCUAACUCUAGUCACGAAGGCUCUCUCCUGCGGUGGAGGAGACCUCGUGGACUGCGCUCAGACAAGUACCCAGGACUGCCUCUGUCUCCGCGUAACCUCGACAUCAGGCGACAGUGUCGUCCCUACUAGAACCUGCACCAGCUCCCCCGUGGAGAUCGACUAUGGAAACAAUGCAGUACGGGAGGUAGAGGCGGGUGUGUUCCGCUACUUCCCCCAACUCAUCUCUCUGAACUUGUCGUCAAACUCUCCACCAGAGCUGGUCCUCAAUUCCCAGUCCUUUCUCGGACUGGACAGUCUAACUUCCCUGGACCUCAGAAGUGAUGGGCUUAGUGAUCUUCCAGACUGUCUCUUCACACCACUUCCAUCACUAGAGACACUUUACUUACAGAGCAACAAUCUCAGCCAGCUGAACGUCGAUGCCUUCGGAGAAAACAUGGCCAACCUAACCACACUGUAUCUGGACCACAACAGAUUGACUGAGCUUCCACCAGACCUUUUGGACCAUUUGCCAGCACUCACUUCAAUAUCUCUGAGCUCUAACGUGUGGGACUGCUCCAGUCCCAAUGUGGCCGUUCUCGUGAACCUGGUCCACUCCGGAUUGGUAUGGAACGGAGACCAGCUGAGGUGUGACAACUCCACCCUCGUCUCCGAUAUCUCCAUCCCAGAUGAACCAUCACCUACUCCAUCCCCCACCCCAUCUGUGACUCCAACUCCACUGCCAACUACCCCAACAGUCCAUCACACCCCGACCCCUACUCCUCAAUUACCCAGAGUAUGCAGCCGACUGGAGAACUCGGGGUCAGAGUUCGGAUUCUUUGACUGGCCCGAAACUGCCGCAGGAGAGAGAGUCGAGAGAGCCUGUCCCCACGGACCGGAAGGGGGCGUGGCCAGCAGGGAGUGUGGGGAGAUGGGGGAGUGGGGAGCUGUGGAGGGUGGAGGGUGUGCAGCAGUCUCACAGACCACACUGGAACUUGUAGCUAUCUCACAGAGUGACAUCACGGUGGCGAAUGUUGAGUCCGUGUCGUCGUCUCUCUCUGCUGCCCUCUCCCCUCCCUCUCCCUCCCUCUCCACUGAUGAGGUGGAGGUGGUACUCGAUGUCUUGGAGACACUCAUCUUCUUUCCCAUGGCCAGUCUCAAUGUAUUGAACAACAGUCUCCAGGCUGUGGACCAUCUACUCAGCAGUAGUGGAGACUCACUCCUCACUGCUGGCUCCAGUGUAGCUAACAGGCUCAGAGAUGUCAUAGACUCUGCUCUGCUUUCGUUUCUCUCUGCAAAUGACACACGUCUGGUUCUCACCUUCUCUCACCUUGCCUUGGGGGGCGUGUACCUCACUGGAACUAACCACACCCACAUUGUGGCCGUCAUAGCAACGGGAGACGAUGGAGAUGGGAGACUGGUGAUAGGGGAAGAGGGAGGAGGUGGAGAUGUGGAGGUUGUGAUAGAUGGGGACCUCGAGGGCCCCAUACAAGUGACGGUGUAUAAUGAUGCAGACAUCUUCAACACAACCACCUGUGGUGAAAAUGAAGGUCUCGAGGGGGAUAAUGACCUUGCCCCUGUAAUCAGUGUGUCAGAUGAACCAACCACUGGCUCGGAAUCUGUCACUAUCACCUACAACACAGUAGGCAAAAGAAACUCUGUACUAGUAGAGUAGUCCUAGGAAAACAAGUGAGAGCGUUUCAUUUUUGUAUUUUGAGGUGUGAAAAACCAUCUAUACAAGAGUUUGCGAGCAUGGAAUAUUAUAGCGAUAUGGACCCCAUGAAAUUAAACUUUUUCUUUAUCUUCACAAAGGUUUAUCAAUUUAUGCCACUGUAAUCAGUGUGUUGCAACAAAAGAUUUCCAGUUUUCUGUCUUUUUUUCUUGAAAGUUUCCUGCCAUAUUAUAGUACUGGUGUGUUUUUUCCCGUAGAAAUCUCUUUUUUUUUUAGGUAGAUCUAUUAAUUCGGUGUACGUGUUGUUGUCCCCAGGUAAGAGAUGAAGGUAGGGGUGGUGAAGUGGUGUGUGUGAGGUGGAACAGUAGUCUCAACUGUGGCAGUGGUGGCUGGCAGAGCACUGGCUGUAGGCUGAGUGGCGACACCUCUGGCUCCCAGCUCAUCUGUGUCUGCACUGACUCUGGGACCUUCGGUGUUCUAGAUAUCCCAGGGACAGCGGUAGAACCAGGCGGUGACAAGACACUGGGAGUGGUGGAGAUGGUGUUCUACUGCUCAUGUGGCCUGGGAGCUCUUCUCCAUCUACCUGUCAUCCUGGCGGUGCUCUUUAGCAGGUCACUGCGUAGUCUACCUCUAAAGCAGUGCCUGGCAAAUGGAGGCACCUCCCAGUUCCUCUCUCUCCUGGUGACUGCAGCCUCCUACCACCCUCACCUGCCUACCCAGCUCUGCUACUCACUGGCUGUUCUCCAACACUACACAGCUCUGGUGACUCUGUUCUGGCUGGCUGUCUACCCCGUCCUAGCCUCACUCAAGGUCUUCAGGAGAACUUGGUUUGAGAGAUGGUGGCUGCUUAUACCUGUGGCGGUGGCUGGCUGGGUGUUGCCAGCGGUUAUUGUUGGUGGAGUGGCUGGAUCAAGAUAUGGAGGAUUCCCUGAGUCUCCCGACAUAUGUUGGCUGGAGGGCGAUGUUUUCCCAAACUACUUCACGUUCAUAUCCGGUCUAGCAGUGGUCGUCACGCUCUUCCUCUCCCUCCUCUCUCUCGUCGUCCUCUGCUGCAGUGACUACGACCUAGACCUGCCAGUCUACCUCCGUAUCGCCUCCAACCAAACCACUGCUCUCCUGUACUCCUUCACUCUAGUCUCCGUCUACCUCACAGCUGACUCCGUGCAUAUCACGGGGCGCUACCAACUAGACACUGACAAACUAUUGAUCGUGGUCGGAGUUCUCGCUGUCCUGACUGGACUCUACUUCCUAUUGGCAAACGGCUGUGCCAACACUCGCAUCCGCAGCGCCCUGUGCUGUAGAGAAGACCCUGUUCUAAAGAGAAAGGUGGCACACUAUUACGAUGAUCAAGAUAGCGACACACUCGGCAGUCAGGCUUCUAGUCGUACCUCCGAACAUCGUUACCAUCGACGACACGGAGCUCGACUCAUGGACGAGAUGAACCUCAACUAUGUGGAUAAUUACCUUGGUUACAAUGGGGUUCUCCCCUCGUCUCCCGUCCCACUCGACGUCCUGGGACAGGUUGAUGUACGAGGUGGGCGGGGCCAGAGGAGGGUGAAAGAGAGACGGAGUGGGGAGCAGAUUGGGGGACCCACAGGGUUCAGACAGGUCGGAGUAAGCAUACCUCACACCACUUCAAUGACAUAAGCCAUGCAUUUUCGCACUCCACAUCAUUAUUCUUGAUUUAAUGUUGUUUUCAUAUUUUUGUUAUAAUCUGUUUGCAUUUUUGUGUUUCAGUAAAUAGCUUGAGAAAUGUCAUGAUUAGGAGAUUUGACAUCAAAAAGUAUCCACAAUUGUUGCCUAGAGUUCAACUGCUCCCUUUUCCACUUCGUUUUCCACGGGGAGAUUUAGGGGUGGCGACCCCCUGGGGGGAUUUAUGAGCAGAGGAGGUCUGGGAAUAGGCAGAGGAGGAUGAAUAGGUGGCUUGCGAUAUUCGAUUCAUGAAGUAGAGUGCCAGCAGUGAGAAAAUGAGGCUGGUGGAGGCAGAAACUCUGUGGACAAGACCUGACACAAACACAGACACAACCAGACAAACUGCCACUGCAAGGAGAUAGAGAGACAACACAUCUCUAAGGACACCCCUGACACGAGGACACCCCUCUAACCCUAGCUUUCUUUUCAAACUCAGCCUAGGCAUACGUACUGAGAUUACAGACUCACCUUCAGGGACAAUCUUGACCUGGUACGUCCUGCCAAACAACAUAGUGAACCCAUUUCCAACUGCGGUGAGGAAGAAGAUGAAGAAGAUGGAGCCGAUGAACCCUCCGAGAAUUGUGGUGCUCCUUUCCGCCGCCAGAGGCUCGCGGAAAACUUGCAUCGCGGCAAACGUCAGCAGAGACAGCGCUGCCGCACACACGCACGAGUAGUUGGACGGUAGAGCCAUUGUCUCUAGACUAGACAACCACACAAUCCACGCGGGGGUGAAAGGUCAUAUAUCAGC